AUGUCGGAUGGGAAAGCACCCAAACCGCAGUGGAAUCCAUCCAUCGCCCCCGCCACGUUCAGCCCCACCUUCCGCCCACAAAACAGGACUAUUACGCGAUCAGUCGAGCCUAGUUCACCAAGAACGCCACUGAGCAGACUACCCCAGCAGCAGAAACUAAGCCUGUCAACUAGUCCCAAUCCGGUAGAGACAGGUUCUGCUUCAGAGAGGUCGUCAACCACGGUCACUCGUGAUAACGCGUCGAGCCCGCCGUCAACGAUGCUAGGAUUCUCGUUUACGCCCAUUAUGUCCUCACAGUCAUGGUUUCCGUAUCUUACGCCAUCUGCGUAUUGUCCAAGACCUUUGUCAUCUUCGCCUCCCGAGAACCCAGUCUCGUCGCCGGUGGCCACCACUCUUACACAAGAGUCAUAUCGUUCCCUCACAAGCACCCCCGACCCCCAUCACGUAGCGACGUCUUCAUUGAAGAGCAGUACUUCAAGCGUGGGCAAAGGGAAAUGCAUGCUCAAUCCCGGUUGGUCGGGAGCGUCGCCUCAUCCGCCUGUGAGCCCUGUGCAUCCCACGUGGUCUGCAUUUGAAAGCACAGACCGCGGUAAGGGGAGGGGGAAGCACAGCCUUCUGAGGUUGAGACAACCCAUGAGCUUCUUGGCGUCAUCUCCGAACUCGGAACACAGCCUACCGUCAUCAGGCGACGAGGACGAAGUUGAGCACGGGUCUCAGGAUACGACGUCUUCGCUACCUCAAGACACCACCUUUUCGCAACCGCAAGCACAUCCUCAGGUUACCCCCCCUCCAUUUCCGGCAUUCAGUUCCCGAUCCUUCACCGCCAUGAGGCCCCACUUAAUGACUAUGACGCGUCUGGAGGACUAUGCGAACCAUUUGAAUUGUAUGGCAAAGAUGAUCACGGAGCAGACGCUACCGCAGCUGUUCAGGGAUCACUCCUUGGCCAUGAACGAUCUGCAACAUGAUAUCUCCGGCAUGGCGAGCAGGGAUCAAGCGCGGCUGAGUGAGAGGCUGUCAGGUCUGCGUGCGAAGUUCAGCGACAUUCCAGAAGCCGUAGAAAGCACUCCUCAAGACCCUCAUCCCAAUAAAGUCGAAAGCGAGGAAGAGAAGAGGACAGGACAAGAGCACCAGCACAAAUACAAGGAUGAGGAGUAUUUCGCCAACUUAGAGGUCUCCCAGCUGAGUGAGUUUACCUCCCAAGGGUUGGAUAUCGAUGCACGAGUCUCGACUACCACCAACCCCCUGAGAAAAAAGGCGCGCCUUGAUCAGGACGAUAGUGGAGUUCGCAGUCAACAAGACGAUUAUGGAGGCACUGAACAAAGCCAAGCAGACCAGCACUUCGAGUUAUCUGAUUAUCUGAUCACGCAGGAGAUAUGGACAUCCUCAUGCAUCGCGGGAAGUCACCAGCAAGCCAUGGGCCCUUGCUCAGCGGCAGUCUCCAUGGAAACCGAUAAUGUGAAUGUCAGGAAGCACAAGAGGAGCGACGAGAGUGACCUUACAUCCUCUUCGCCCUUGAAAUCCCAGAAUUAUCUCUCAGGAAAUGUUACUUCUCAGUCAGCUACACAACAGACAAACACGAUCGAUCCAAAUAACUUGCAGCGUGCUACAUCUGCAUAUCAAUCUACUUCCUCAAUUUCUGAGAAUCAAGCCAGCCAUUCGAAGGCUGCCAAGACUGCCAAGAGUGCCUUUAAGGAACAGACUAUGGUGCAGCAACACGAGCAGGACACGCCAGAGACAAAGGAAUCUUUCACACGGGGAGUCAUGAUCUCAAACUGGAAUAUUGUUCUGUCAGACCACAUCCAUUGUUUGCUUGAGUGCAGCAAUUACGCAAGGAUGUAUGUGCAGUUAGACACCCCGCGAGUCUUCAUGGGCAUGGAGCAGACAGCAAACACACUUCCUUCUUCUCAGGGUUCAGUAUUAUCCUCAUAUGAGCGACCACACGCACAAGGAACACUAAGUAAUACUCCCACGGGUCCAUCUCAAGCACAGCAGCGCGCCCAGCAGCUCCGUUCAAAGGUGGCAGCCGAAGUCGCUUUAUUGGCAAAAGGGGCGAAUGAAAUUUUCAGCGCAAUCACCAAGUAUCAUGCCGUGCGGUCUGGACUACUGCUCAAAAUCGAGCGAGAGCGCGCAGCAAUGAAUAAUCGAGGCCAGCACAGUGGAUACGUGAGGGCACUGGAGCAGCAAGUCGAGUUCCUGGAUUAUCGACAUGCUCAUCGCCUGUGGCUCUGGGGACUGGACAUGCAGUCCAGUUGCGUGGUCCUCUACCGAGUGCUCCGCACGAUGCUUCCACGGUUGGGAUCACGAUCGCGAGUGUGA